GAGUCUAUCCUUUUGUAUUUUUACAAUCGCAACAUAUAUUACAACAAUCUUCAACACAAUUAAUGCAAUCAAAUACAGUCGAUAAUAUAACUGAUAUUAAUUCAAACGAUGAUGACAAUACUGAAUCAUCACAAAUAUUCGAAGAAUAUAAAUCAUUACUUCGUGAUGCACUUGAAAUUGUACAAGAACAGGAAAAUUCCAAUAAUGUUCAAUGGGCACAAUCGGUUCAAGAAAGUUUUAAAGGCGUACAAAAUUUAGUGAUGGAUAUUAAAUCAUAUAAAAGAAGAAUAACUAAUCCACGUACUUGGAAAGACCAUAAUCAACAUACAAUGUUUUUAAAUUUGCAAGAUAAUAAUUAUGAUGAAGAAGGUGAAGAGAAUCAAGAAAAUAAUGAAUUAAGUGUAUCCAAUA